AUGAAACAGUGGCGACUUGUCUCCUGUCUUUUCUGCCUGCUUUUUCCCAAAGGUACGGCUAACUGUAUCAGUACCAAUGACUGCAAUAGGAAACAAUCGACUGACUGAUACCCAGUAACCAAGUUUGCUUCAAAGCUUACAUUAAUUUGCUCUGCUGUUACUGGGAACUCACUGUCCACCGGUUUCAAUCACUGUAGCCUUUUUGAAAACUUUUACAUCUUACAAACUUCAAUAAUUACUGACUAAUUCUUAACUUUCCUCAAAUAUUUUUGCCCCAGCACUUUUUUAACGAUUCUUAUCUUUUCUAACUGCGGCUACAACGUCUAAAUCUUUCAGAUUUAGAACGGCAACUUUAGCUGCAUCAAUAAUCCCCAGAGAGUUCGUAGUCUCUUAAAUCUCUUUCAUUUGUAGGGAAAGCUUGCAAACUGCAUGAAAUUUUGACUUCAUUUGUUUAACCAGAGUUGAGCUUAUUCAUAAUUUUUCGUAAGCCAUUCUGCUACCUUUCUUUGAAAGUAUCGCACAAAUUUUCCUUAUUUACCCUCCACUAUGACACUCUGAACAGAUGUCAAGACUAUAACAUUUGUAAUAUUUGACAGCAGAGGGUUAAAACGGAAUAACUCAAGCUAACAAAUAAGAAUGUAAAAUCUUUGUUCAGCUCUUAGGCGAAGAAUAGUGGUUAAAACAGACAAUUUUAUGCAAUUUCAGGACUAAAAAGUUAAAACAAAGGAUGUAAAAAUAUCACAAUUUUGGUCAAAUUUGUGAUCAAACGAAUGCAUCAGACAGACAUCAGGUAUUGGCUGAUGAAGAUCUGUGAAUAGAUUUCCGUCUUUUAGUAAAAACUUCAAAACUUAAGUCUGAAAAUUUCGCCUGAACUCUUCUCGGGGUGAUUUUUGAUCUUUAUGAUAUCAUCGUUUGUAAAACAUUCCCACCAAAAAGCUAUCGAUCGAAGCAGGUAGUAAUUAUUUCUCUUUGAGUCAGGCUUUAUUUUUAGAGAUGCAAAACUGAUUUGAAGCAGCGUUCUAAAAAUUUCUGUAUGGUCAGUGCGCUUUUUACAGACUUCUUAUGUUUUAGUAAAAAUAGUUGCUUUCAGUAAAAGUGAAGAUUUGCGAGGUCUGAAGUUAUGUUACCAGAAUAUUCUUGUGCUCUCUUUUUUUAAUGUUCAAAAAUAACUAACGAGCAAUGUGGAUGAUUCUUGAGUAACGACGCUCGCUGACGAACUUCAAAAAAUUUUUAAUUAAUUCAACUGAGACUCCACAGCCUUUUACAAACCAAAUUAACCUGGUUUUAAAUUUUACAAACCUUGGCAAAAUCUUUAUACAGUCGCUAUCUAUUAAAAAUAUUCUUAUUUUUCUUCGAUAAGAAGAAAAAAUCUAAAUAAAUAUUAUAUUUUCUGUGAACUCAUUUCUAAAAGUUUUGGUUUCAGUGGAAGGCGGGAGGCGUGAGCGAAAACAACUUUUUAUUCUUCUUUCAGUGUUGGCCCUGAGUUUCUUUUCUUGUGAAUCUCAAUUUUCUUGGAGCCAUUGCCGGAAGACAAGUAAAACAUGUAAGCCUGAAUAUAAAUGCGGCAAGGUGUACAUCAACAUUGACGGGAAGGAAAAUAUUCAGAAUGAUUGCCUGCCUCCGGAGUGGUGUUUAAAGGAAAACCAUUAUGACUGUAGAGAUCAUCUUCCCAAGAACAGCACCGUCUGUGACAUUCAUUGUUGCGAUGAUGAUAACGAUUGCAAUGCGGGUGCGGUGCGCCAGAUCAACGGAAUCCUGCUGUUGACAUGCGUCCUGCUGUCGGUUUUGUAA